UCCGGCGAGGCGUAAAGCUGUGACAGUGACUGAGAGAAGAAGUGAAAACGUAGGAAGCAAGGAAGACUUUUCACCUCCCACAACACCGGAAGCGGAAAAAGACAGGAAACGUACCCUCAGGCAUGGGUGGUGACUGACCCCUGACCCUCCAUCCCAUACACCCGAACCGAAGGGUGUGGCCCCCAAUAUUGACAGGGGCCACGGCGAUACUUACACCUUUGUGCUGUCACGUGGUUUUUUUUGACUGGUCCUUUUGGUUGUCCUAAUUGGCAUCAGUAAUACCUGCAUCCAUCUUUCCUGAGUACUAAUAUCUGCAUUUCUCCUCAUGCACCACAGCCCAGCUGUACUGGCUCAUUGUAGGGAAGGUGUGGCACCUGUUUUAACUUUAUUAGGGGACAAUCAUCUGUUAGGUGCAUAAUGUUCCACUGCUUGGCACAGCCCUAUUAUUAGGGUUUCUGUAUCUAUUUGCAGUCAGUGUGUGGUGCCUGGUGCUUAAGGACCUUUUAGUUUCAUUUUAUAGCACUUAAUUAUAUAUGUUUUAAAGCCUAUUUUUCACUAUACAAUAGAUAAGUGGAUGCUGCUAAAUUAAAGGGAAUUGAGCCAUUCUUGUAUAUUUGGCAUUCCCCUGCAUGAAGAUUGGGGUGGGUGGUUUUCCCUGGUGCCAUUAUUGCUGGAUUGGGGGGGGGUCAUCGCAUCCAACCCGUAUGACAUGAGUGUGGAGAAAAAGCGCGACGCCAAGUGACCGAAGCUCAAAACCGCAGCACGACAUGGCGUCCGAGGAGGCCUCUUUGCGAGCCCUCGAAAGCCUGAUGAGCGAGUUCUUUCACAACGGCACAUCAAACGAACGCAAGAGGGAAAUAGAGUCUCUGUUAAACAACUUUGCUCAGCAGCUUGGAGCAUGGAGGUUCUGCUUCUACUUCCUGUCCCAAUCACAAAAUGACUACGUCCUGAUGUACAGUCUCAGUGUGUUUGAGAACAUGAUCAACAAAAUGUGGCUAGGUGUCCCUUCACAGGAAAAGAUGGAAAUCCGCAAUUCAUUGCCUAAGCUUUUGCUGAGUCAGCACAAAUCUCUUCCUAGCUUUAUCUGCAACAAGCUGUGCAAGGUCAUUGUGGAUAUGGGAAGGCAGGACUGGCCAAUGUUCUACCAUGACUUCUUCACCAAUAUCCUUCAGCUAAUCCAGACCCCUAGCACAACACCUCUGGGAUUGAUCAUGCUGAAAACUGCAUCAGAGGAGCUGGCUUGUCCACGAGAAGAUCUUAUUGUGGCCAGGAAGGAGGAGCUCCGCAAGCUUUUGCUGGAGCAAGUGCCAACAGUUCUGGACUUGCUUACAGGAGUCUUGGAAAGUAUUUGGGAUAAGCACAGCAUCACUGCUGCAACACCCCCUCCAUCACCCACAGCCUCAGAUACUGAUGACCUCCUGAGCAACCUCAUUCACACUCCCAACCUGACUAAGCAACUGAGCCAGCCUCCGCCGAGCUUAGAAGCAGAAAGUGAACGUGUCUGUGCCCUGGCCCUUGAGUGCCUCUCCCAUCUUUUCAGCUGGAUCCCCCUUUCUGCCAGCAUCACCCCAUCUCUCCUCACAACAAUAUUUCAAUUUGCACGGUUGGGCUGCGACGCUCGCUCCCGUCAAACCAACAGUGUUACCACCAACACAACGGCUUCUGUUGUAAAUGGUAGAAGCAGUAGUCCCCCUACAGCACCCGCUCGGGAUCUUGCCAGGUUAGGAGUCCUGGCCAUGUCUUGUAUCAAUGAACUCAUGUGCAAGAACUGUGUUCCCCUGGAAUUCCAGGAAUAUCUGUUAAGGGUCUGCCAGCAAACUUUCUACCUCCUGCAGAGGAUUACACGGGAGACAAACGCUCAUAGUGUACGGAGUCGGUUUGAGGAGCUGGACGAGAGCUAUGUGGAAAAGUUCACCGACUUCUUAAGGCUUUUUGUCAGCGUCCACCUAAGGAGGAUAGAAUCGAAUGCCCAGUUCCCUUUGCUUGAAUUUCUGACACUGCUUUUUAAGUAUACCUUUCAUCAGCCCACACGGGAGGGAUACCUGUCUUGUCUAGAUAUCUGGGCACAGUUUCUGGACUAUCUAACAAACAAAAUAAGGAACCGGCUUGAAGACAGAGAUGCCAUUAUCGGCAGGUACGAGGAUGCACUUGUUUUGCUUCUGAACGAGGUGCUGAACAGAAUCCAGUUCCGUUACAACCAAACACAGCUAGAGGAGCUGGAUGAUGAGACUCUGGAUGAUGAUCAGCAGACGGAGUGGCAGAGAUACCUGCGGCACAGUCUGGAAGUAGUGGCCAAGAUCAUGGACUUGCUUCCUACUCAUGCCUUCUCCAAACUGUUUGCAGCACUGCAGGAAAACCUUAAUGUGUACUUGGGACUCCAGCGGUGUUUAGUGACAAAUGGAAAUGAUCAACGGCUGAAUGUUACAGCAGAGAAUGACUGCCGUCGGUUGCACUGCUCUCUUCGAGACCUUAGCUCCCUUCUGCAGGCUGUGGGCAGGCUCGCUGAGUACUUCAUUGGAGACAUGUUUGGGGCUCGGUUUAAUGAUGCACUUACUGUUGUAGAGAGGUUGGUUGAAGUCACUUUAUAUGGCUCUCGAAUUAAACUGUAUAACAUGGAGACUGCGGUGCCAUCUGUGCUGAAACCAGACCUCAUUGAUGUACAUGCCCAGUCCUUGGCAGCGUUACAAGCUUACUCUCAUUGGCUGGCUCGUUACUACAGUGAGGUGCAGAGGCAGAACCCUGAGCAGUUCAUCUCUAUCAUCUCUACUGCUAUGGAGGCUUUGCCUCCCCUUAUCAGCACCAAGGUACAAGAAAAGUUGCUGCUGUCUGCAUGCCAUCUGCUUGUGUCAAUAGCCACAACUGUACGGCCGAUGUUCCUUCUUAACAUUCCAUCUGUCCAGAAGGUGUUCAGCCGUGUCACAGACAGCUCAGCACAGCGGCUCCCAGAAGAGGCUCAGGUACUGCUUUGUCGUGCUCUUUCCAAUGUCUUGCUGCUGCCAUGGCCCAAUGUCCCUGAAGGGGAGCAGCAAUGGGCCGAACGCUCCAGCCAUCACUCCAAUUUGUUGAAUGCCCUGACCAGAGAUUACAGGCUGCUGAAAGGCAGCUCCCUCCCACAGAGAAAGGGGCAGCUGGAAGCCACGAAACGAGUGAUCUGUCAGACCCUUGGGGUCCUUCGGGACAUUGUGGAGAAUAUCUCUGGAGAGGGCACAAAGUCACGACAAAUCUGUUACCAGUCUCUACAGGAGUCUGCUCAGCUGUCUCUUACCCUCUUCCCUGCUUACAUCCACCAGUCAGAUGUAACAGAAGAAAUGCUAAGCUUUUUCCUGGCCUUGUUCCAAGGCUUAAGGGUACAGAUGGGGGCACCUUUCACUGAGCAGAUUAUCCAGACCUUUCUCAACAUGUUCACCAGGGAGCAGCUGGCAGAAAGUAUCUUGCAGGAGGGCAGUGCUGGUUGCCACGUGGUGGAGAAGUUUUUGAAGAUUCUGCAGGUGGUAGUGCAAGAACCUGGUCAGUCCUUCAAACCUUUUCUACCCAGCAUCCUGUCUGUGUGCAUGGAGCAGCUUUACCCCAUCAUUGCUGAGCGUCCCUCUCCUGAUGUGAAGGCUGAACUGUUUGAGCUGCUAUUUCAGCUUUUGCAUCACAACUGGAGGUAUUUCUAUCGCUCUUCAGUUCUGGCAAGUGUUCACCGUGAUGGAAGUGACGAGCCAAUGGAGAACCAAGCCCAGUUUAUUGUGGUCAUGCAAGCCUUUGGUCAGUCAUUUCUUCAGCCAGAUAUACACAUAUUCAGGCAAAAUCUCAGCUACCUGGAAACCCUCAACAGCAAACACAAACUGUACCAUAAGAAACUGUUCCAGACUGGGAUGCUGCCUCAGUUCGUCAGUGUUUUGCUGCAGGUUCUAAUCCAUAAAUCCCAUGACCUCCUGCAGGAAGAGAUUGGCAUUGCCGUCUAUAACAUGGCAUCCGUGGAUUUUAGCACUUUCUUCUCUACUUUCCUGCCAGAGUUUCUUACAGGCUGCCAAGGCCUGGACACCAGCCAAAAAAGCGUCCUCGCUCGCAACUUCAAAAUGGAACGGGACCUGCCUUCGUUUACUCAGAGUGUCCACCGUUUAGUUAACGACCUCCGAUACUACAGACUGUGCAAUGACAGCCUCCCUCCUGGAACUGUGAAGCUGUGACCUCCCUCUCCCCCGUUUUCCUGCCAAAUGCACAGACUUUAUCCAUCAUUCUCUUCUCUCUCUCUCCACAUCGACAGUCUUAAGUCGCCUCUAUACAGCUGUGAAACACCCUCGUCUAUUUUAUUGUAAGCGCGAGCAGUUUUAGUGCAUAAAUGGACUUCUGUGCCCAUUCCCACUCCACCCCUAGUCUGACAAAUGGGUUGUGUUCCUAUGCCAGCGAAGGGUUGGGAAGGCUGCCAUUUUUGUUCUUUAUAUAUAUAUAUAUAUAUAUAUAUAUAUAUAAUAUAUAUAUAUAUAUAUAUAUAUAUAUAUAUAUAUAUUCAAAUUAUUGUUUUUUUUAAUUUAUGCACACGCUUCACAAACCUUCAAUAUCAUUCCCAGUUGUAGUGGAGAAGAAGGGUGUGGUCUGUUAUCUGACUCGAGUAUGGACUUGCGCGUGUCUCGGACUUCUGGAUUUUAACUGGCCAUACAGGCCGAUUGCCACGCAUGGACGAUAUUAUGAUUGUUUUAUAUUUUUUUUUGUGUUUUUAUCAUUCCUUUGUGAAUCGGCGUCAUCUUUUUGCGAAUAAAAAAAAAACAAAAACUUUUUUUUA